AUGGCGGGCCAGUACGGUUGCCGCGAGCUGAUCCGCCGACAGUUCUUGCCUGAGAAGUUGUUGUUCCAUGUCCUGUUCUGGACGUUUCACUGGGGACUUUUCGCCUAUGGUUGGUACAAGCAAGCGUCAGAUGAUCGAUUGGCAGCCUUGAACAGCCUCAAAUACUCGGUUUGGAUCUCCCGAGGUGCCGGCUUCGUUCUCACCGUCGAUGGGAUGCUCAUUCUACUCCCCGUUUGUCGGACAGUCAUGCGCUGGCUGAGACCAAAAGUCCGCUUCCUGCCUCUUGACGAGAACCUGUGGUUUCACCGGCAGCUGGCGUACGCCCUUUUGGUCUUUGCCGUCUGCCACGCAUCCGCCCACUACGUCAACUUUUACAACGUCGAGAAGACGCAGAUCCGCCCCGUCAGCGCUGUUCAGAUUCACUACACCGAGGCAGGCGGCGUCACUGGCCACGUGAUGCUGCUCUGCAUGAUGCUCAUCUACACCACCGCCCACUCCCGCAUUCGCCAACAGUCCUUCGAAACGUUCUGGUACGCCCACCAUCUCUUCAUCCCCUUCUUCUUGGCCCUGUACACGCACACGGUGGGCUGCUUUGUCCGUGACUCCCCCGAGCCCUUUUCGCCCUUCGCCGGGGACUCGUACUGGACUCACUGCAUCGGCUACCUGGGCUGGCGCUGGGAGCUGUGGACCGGCGGGUUUUACCUGCUGGAACGUUUGUACCGCGAGAUCCGAGCUCGCCGGGAGACUGAAAUCACUCGCGUGGUUCGCCAUCCGUACGACGUGGUCGAGAUCCAGUUCAGCAAGCCGUCCUUCAGGUACAAGGCCGGCCAGUGGCUCUUCCUCCAGGUUCCCUCCAUCUCCAAGUAUCAGUGGCACCCUUUCACCAUCACCUCGUGCCCGUUCGACCCGUACGUCUCGGUCCACGUCAGGCAGGUCGGGGACUUCACCGGCGCCCUGGGGGACGCGCUGGGUGCUGGUGGCGCCCAGGCAAAGCUUUACGAAGGGGUCGACCCCAUGGGCAUGUACGAGGUUGCGCUGCAAAACGGUCAGCAGAUGCCGGGUCUGCGCAUCGACGGACCGUACGGGGCACCGGCCGAGGACGUGUUUGAGAACGAGAUUGCCGUCCUCAUCGGCACGGGCAUCGGCGUGACCCCCUGGGCAGCCAUCCUCAAGAACAUAUGGCACCUGCGCAACUCGCCCAACCCGCCGACCCGGCUUCGUCGCGUCGAGUUCAUCUGGGUCUGCAAGGACCCGUCGUCGUUUGAGUGGUUCCAGACCCUGCUGUCCUCGCUCGAGGAGCAGUCCAACGAGGCAGCCCGCAUCCCCGGCAGCUGCGGCGUGGAGUUUCUCAAGAUCCACACGUACCUCACGCAGAAGCUCGACAUGGACACGACGCAGAACAUUGUGCUCAACAGCGUCGGCGCCGACACGGAUCCCCUGACGGAGCUCAGGUCGAGGACGCACUUUGGCCGGCCCAACUUCAAGCGGCUGUUCGCCACGAUGCGAGACGGCAUCCUCGACCGGACGUACCUGAGCGGUUUGGAGGGCAGCAUGCGGACCACGGUCGGUGUUUACUUUUGCGGGCCUUCAUCAGCAGCUCGCGACAUCAAGACGGCCUGCAAGGCUGCCACGACACGAGAGGUCAACUUUCGGUUUUGGAAGGAGCAUUUCUAA